GGGAAAUAAAUAACGUCACACCGGUAAAAGGUCACAUGUGUAAAGCAAUUCUUGUUUUCGUUUAGAAUCGAAAAAAAGGAAGAAUUUUUGUUUCUCUUUUGCGAAUCUCUGCCACAAAAGAAAGCAACCAAAAGGAAAUAUCCUUAACCUUCACGAAAGAACAUUUGUUCCGGGUGGAUGGAUUUGGAGACUGUUGGCAGCUUUCGAAAGAUGGAGACAGAGAAAGUGAGAGAGCAUUCUGCCAUAUCCAUCCAACAUUGUGUUCAAGAACAAAUUAAUGCCAUAGCCCUUAAUAAAGAUGCUAAUCAGGUUGUUAUUGCAGGACGUCAAGUAUUCAAAAUAUUUUCAAUUGGAGAAGAGAAUUUUGAAGAAAAGGCCAACUUUCGAGUUGGUAAGAACAUCACCUUAAACUACAGUGCUGCAGACGUUACCUGGAAUCAUAAUGAAGAAAACAAGAUAGCUUCCGCGGCAACCAAUAGUUCUGUUGUAGUUUGGGAUUUACAGAAAUCCUCCCGUUCUAAGCUCUAUCAUGUUUAUAUGUCACACAAGAGAACUGUUCACAGAGUUACUUUUCAUAACAAAGAACCUUCCCUUCUCCUCAGUGGUUCUCAAGAUGGAGAUAUGAAAAUAUUCGACAUCAGACGGAAAGAUGUGAGCACAACAUUUUCAGCCAAAGAAAGUGUUCGUGAUGUUCAGUUUUGUCCACAGAGUUCGGGAUAUUUCCGCUUUGCUGCCGGAUUGGAAAAUGGCAUUGUUCAGGAAUGGGAUAUUCGACGUCCAGAUCGUCCUGAUAGAGAGAUAACAGCUCAUACAGGACCAGUGUUCACACUGGACUGGAACCCUAUGGACAAAAACUGGCUUGCCACCGGUGGAAGAGAUAGAGCUAUAAAAGUGUGGGAUAUGCCUACAAAGAAACUCGUUCACGUUGUACAUACCAUGGCCUCAGUAGCUAGGUGUAAGUGGCGACCUGACUACAAAUAUCUUAUAGCUAGCAGUUCCCUCCUUGUGGAUUUUGCUGUCAAUAUUUGGGACAUUCGUCGACCGUACAUUCCCCUGGCUGCCUUUAACAGACACAAAGAUGUGGCUUCUGGUAUUCAGUGGAGAAACAGUCCCAACAUCCUCCUCAGCUGUGGUCGUGAUGGCUAUUUGUGCCAAAAUAUUUUUAAAGAGGCUCAACGCCCACUUGAACACAUUAAUCGUGUUGGAGUGAACAUAAGUAAAAACGGUGAUGUAGCUCAGGCUGUGUGUGAACAUUUGUUGAAACCAUAUCGAGAUCAAAUGUCGGAAAUACACGAACCUACCAAUCAGUUCUACUUUGAUGAAGCUUCUACCUCUUCGCCAAGUUCUGUCUGCCAAAUUCUACAGACUGUUGAGCCUUACAUGUGGGCCAAGAGCAACCUUUAUUUAUUUCUAUCCGAUUCUUCCCCAGAUCUUUCUAUGGACUGGUUUAUUAAUACUGCUAAUAUGUACAAACUUAAUGGUAAAUCUUUUGAAGAAAUCUGUGACCAUAAUGCUUCCGUUGCUCAAAGACUAAAUAGAAAACAGGUGUACCUUACUUGGAUGAUUUUAAAGACAUUGUAUUCCUGUACUUCUCCAAGUAACCUGACUCCACCAUACCACUCCGGUCCAGGAUAUUCUGCCCUUAGUGAUAAACCUGAUAUGGAGAAGAUUGGGAAAAUUGCUGAUGCAACUCCUGAGAAAAGUUGCGAAGUGGAAAAAGAUAAUCCACUGGGAGAGAACACCUCAGGAUGCAGUGAAGAAGAAUCUGACCCAGAAAAUGAAGUUCAAGAAAAAAAUUUAGCAAACAUUGCCACUGGUUUAGCCAGUCAGACAGGAGACUUUUUCUUUGGUGAAGGGGACACAGAUUUCUCUUAUGACCUCGAAGAUGCUGACAGUGUACUUCAUGAUAAACAUGAUUGGUCUCUUCCAGCAGAAGCCUUCCAACCUCGUCAUGAGCUUGAGUUUAGCAACGCGCCACCAGUGCCUCCACCCCACUAUUCACCCGCAAACGACAGUGAUGGCAAUUCAUUUCAAGCCACAAGUUAUAACCAUAAAGAGACAAUCAGUAAUGGCGCCGCAGUGAACGAUCUCUACAUCAACGUGAAACUCCCCAUUAUACCACAGUGGGACUGUAGCUCCCUGGUUAAGGAUAUGCUUGUUGCUUAUGCUGAAGAAGACAUUCAGUCAACCGUUUCUAUGUUGAUUGUCCUGGGGGAUCGCAUCCAGUCAGAAAUUGAUCUGGAAGUGCGGACAAGUUGGUUCCUAGCCUAUAUUGAAUUAUUAGGACAAUUCAAACAAUGGUCAGUUAUUGCUGAUGUGAUUAAACUUAGUAAAAUCCCUGAAGUUUCCAUGUUAAACCAACAGUCUUCAAAUAUCCUCACCAUGUGUCACAGAUGUAACAAAACACUGACCAACUGCAGUUGGUUUUGUAGCAAAUGUCGAACAAUUGUUGGUGUGUGUGGUGUGUGCUAUCAACCUGUCAAACGACUUUAUGUUUGGUGCCAGGGCUGCUCCCAUGGUGGCCACCUCCAACACAUCAUGGAGUGGUUUCAAAAGAAUAAACAAUGUCCCCGAGGCUGUGGACAUUAUUGUGAAUAUUCUUGAACUUUAAAAAUUGAGGUUGAAUUAUUCCAGUUUCAAAACUAUUGCUCUCACAAUUUCUUCAAGAAUUUACAGAUUAAUGAUAAAAGCAAGCCAAAAAUGUUCUUAAAUGUUUUGAAUAUGUUUUAAUAUUCAGAAACAAUAUCAAAACUACUGUCUUACGUUAAUUUCUUUUCUUAGAUUAACUUUUAAAAUUGUUUCAACUAAAAUUUAUUCUUUAUUUCUUCUGUAUUUAUUUCACCCAGUUUGUCUUUGGAUGGCUGAAUGUUUUUCAAUCAAGAUAAAUCAAUUAUUUUUGUA